UGCAUUGUAAUAUUGAUAUCGAUUGUGCUAUUUCCUAUGCAGUAGGCCGUGACCGAAACUUUUUGGUCCACUAAGAUAGUGGUUUCUGAUCACAGCUAGGCAGUGAGGUCGGUACAAGUGGACUAUGAUUACUUAGUCAUGUGACAGAACUAUCAGAACCAUGGUUGCAAAAUAGUAAAAUAUCCAAUACUUUGCAAAGCCUAAAGACCAAGGACAUCGUCGAGUCCACCGGCUAAACCUAGGACGUGGGAAGGUUAAAAUAUUUAUGCACACAUUGCGUAAUAUUCGCUUCUUGAUCAGCAGGUCAACACAUUUCGUUCAGGUGGGUUGUUACGUGGUGGAUACUUGUUGAAUAGUUGAAUAAUGAUGGAGGACACCCCCAAGUCACCUGAGGGUAAUGAAGAAGGGUUAGAUGAUAGAAAACUGUCUGGAGAAGCUACAAAAAUAUCUAAGAGCGACGGAGAGGAGAUGCAAGAUAAAGUAAAAAUUCCUGACAAACCGAAAGACUCAAAAAGUCAAGAAGACGAGCAGGUUGAGGAUAAAGGUAACUCACAUUGUGGUAAGAUAUCUCUCUCAAUCUGCAGAAGGAUAUCGUACGUCACGCAAUUCUUGGUAAUUUUCUUCGCCCUGGGAGCAUUUUCCUUUGCCGCUUACUCAAGUAUAAGAAGGCUGCAAUCACGUCACAUUCUUGAGAGCAGGGAGCUGGUCUCUCAGAACGACGUCUGGUUUAAGCUAGCUGUAUGUCUGCGACCUUUUAUGACACCAUCGGCAUUGGAGGACUUUUAUCAUUCAAGCCUCAAAAUGAGCAUCCGGUCUCACAUUGCUGGUCUUUCAAAGCACACGUCUUGGGAUGAAAAAACGUGGCUAGAUGUUACGCUGCAGGCAGAGAGCUAUGCAACAUACUUUCGAGAGGUCCAUCCAUGGGAACGAAUCCCGGUGAGCCAACUGUGGACAUAUCAGAACAAGAGUUUUCGGAAAGCGUUCAAAGAGUUCCAGGUAAAUAAUGUGCGGUUGACGCCCAGAGCAUCAGAUCCGCCAACAGGAGCAAAUGAAGAUAAAAAUGGCUACACCGCGUCGAAGAAGAAGACAAUUCAUAGCUCAAGAAAGAUUGAUUAUCCUCUUCUAGGAGAUUACUCCCUUAGUCCUCUUUACGCAGGAUGCUUAAAUAUCACUGUCAAUGAAAGUAUGGCCAAGCGACAAAUGGAGAUAAACGUAAAGCUGAAGAACUCGUUUGCUUCGAAGUACUCGGAUACCAAUAGCAACCACACAAGUGUUGUUCUCUUUGAGGCGGCGGACCUUUUUGUAUAUGAUGCAAAUGAUGUUUUCACAGAAAUCCCUAUCAUUCAAAAGCUCAGUAAAUUUACCAUCCACUCCCAUUCACUGGAGCGCUUUUUGGUGAAGGGUUCGAGCUUCCGCCGAAAAGACACUGACAACUACCACUGCUCCAACCACACGGGCUACUCGCAGACCAACUGCCGGCAGUGGUGCAUAACACGGAAGCUCCUAGAAUCGAUAGAGUGUAUUCUUCCGUGGAUGCAAGAUUUGAUACAGAAGCCUUGGCUGGACGAAAAAUUCAGGAAUCUUGCUCUUUGCUCAGACUAUGAAAGCUUUUCUAAGACGCUGGCUGUUCAGAAGAAGUAUUUGCAAUCGAGUGAAGCUAACAUGACUCGCCCGGUGGCAGACUGUCUCGACAGUUGCCCACCCCACUGUUCUACCGUCAAGGUCAGCAUCCUGUCACUUGGAAGCAAAAUGAUCGACAGCGACUACGGUAUAAGCCUGACCAUCUCACCAGAGGUGGACUCCAUUACGGAAGAACUCGACUACGUCCUCCUGAACCUGGUGGCCGAGCUGAGCGCUUCCAUCAGCUUCUUGUUCGGCCUCUCCGCCAUCGCCAUCUACGACUGGCUGGUCGCCUUCUGCGUCUGGUCGGCGAUCAAGCUGGGUCUGUUCAGGGACGCCGCCGGUGAGGACGACGAACCCGGCGCGUACGACGCCGAGGGGGCGCCGACGCUUUCCCCAGUGCCACGACUGCAGGUGCAGUCCGAGGACGAAGACACGUCGCCGUCACCCGCGCCGCCCGGCAAUGACACCAACGCCAGUCUCAUCUGGUACGUGGAGCCCAGCGCCAGGAAGGGCGGCAACCAGGUAGCGCCACUGGAGCCGGCGGGCGAGCAGCGCCAGAGUCCGAAUAGCCUCGACCUGCCCAAGGACCCCAGCCCGCUGGCGACGUUCUCACCGUCGACAGACGGCGCAUUGGAGAACACCACCCCGAUCAACGCCUCGCCACAGCCAGACCCCAUGGCAUGACUCGGACAGAUCCCCGAAGCACCGUCCACAGGGAUUGUGCCGCGCGUCUGACACGCCUAUCUGGUCCGGGAGUGCCGGCGGGCGCCAAGCGCAGAAGCGCUCGCUCCGGGAAUCGCGCAACAAGGGAUCGGCACCACCCUUGUCGCGUGAGCAUCAAAGUAGUGCUGUUUAUCUUACUGGAUGCUCGCAGCCCUGAACAACGUUGAUACGGGCGCAGUUUUGUUCCAAUGAUCGCCUGUCAUUGUGUGACACUUGUGUGACCAUGAUUGUGUCACACUUGUGUGACCCUCGUCGUGUCACGCUUGCGUGAUCAUCACUGUGCCACUUGUGUGAUCGUUCACACGUCGACGACGCACCUCUGAAGGGGGCGUUCUUGAUGGUUCUUGCGAAUGGUGCCCUGUUCGGGGCCGCUUUCACGGGUUCGGGUUCGUUCUAGGCCGCUUUCACUAAAAUGACUAUUAUCGAUUCAAUGGCUUUCGUUCGUCCAUUUCAUUGUUUUCAGCUAUUCCUCCUUGUCGACGUUUUGGUGUUUGAUGUGGACCCGUCACGGCCAUUGAUGUUGGAGGGUCCAAUAAACAUUCGGCCUUUCUUGGGCAUCUACCCAAGAUGUGGUGGCGGCACAAGUGAUCACAGCCCAGCAGCGCAGACAGGACUUCUGCCUGCGUCAUUCCAAAUCAGUGGUCUUGGCGGGGAAGCACAGGGUUGAUAAAUAGUCCGCUGAUAGUCAAGCCCCACCCACCACUUCCAAAUAAGCGCCAGAUAUGGCCCAUUUUUAAUCAA